AUGGAUCUCUUACACCCAAUUCCUUGUCUCCAGGCUCUGCCCAGCCAUCUUAAAAACAGCCACUGGACAAGCUCAAAGGUUGAAACAGAGGAUGCUGUUGAUCUACGCAAGGACUCCGGCUACGCAAGCCCUUCUAGCUAUGAAGAUUCCACUCCAUCUCUCACUGGGUGGCCACAGGAAGUGCCAGGUGUAGUGGUGCCAGCUACACAGCGAGCCAUUGUCACGCCUGAAAUGGGCAAGGAAUUGAAUCUAGUGGUCAAAGAAAUCCCCGUCCAAGUCCCAGCGCCAGGAGAGGUCAUUGUUCGCAUUUUCUACUCGGGAAUCUGCCGCAGUUUUGAUUUCAAGGACGCAUCAUUCUCAAUUGGCCCACAGCCAGGAUACCCCCAACACAACCAUAUUGCAGGCCACGAGGGUAUCGGUCGCAUCGUCAAGUCCCACGACUCAUCUCUCCUCGGACGCGCCGUCGGAAUCCGCUACCUAGGAUCAAGCUGCGGAUGGUGCACCUACUGUCUUCGGGGACUGUUCACGUCCUGUCCCUUCCAGAUAAAUGUGCCGAGACAUGUCCACGGCACCUUCCAAACAUACAUGACCAUCCCGACCACCUGUCUCGUAUAUCUACCGGAAGUAUUCAUGAACGCAGACAUCGAUCUAGCUCUCUACGCCACAGCCCUCUGCUCCGGAUCAACGGCUUUGAUGUCCUUGCGAGCGGCGAAAGUAAAGCCAGGAGAUGUUGUGGUUGUUGUCGGUGUGGCGGGUGCCAUUGGACACAUGACAGGAGCAAUCGCAAAGCAUGUCUUGCGAGCUCGUGUCAUUGGCAUCGAUGUUCGAUUUAAGGUUGAACCAUUGCCGCAUGGAUACAGCGACUACAGCGAUAUUCUUCUGAGUGCUGUAGAAGCCGUUGACAGUCACUCGUGGUCGGAGUUCCAGGCUAGGUUGCUCGAUGCAUGCGAGUUACUACGACACGACAAGAGUCUGCAGCGGAAAGCUGAGGCGGUGAUUAUUGCCAGUAGCUCUUUUUCCGCAUUUCAGCAGUUGGAUGACUAUGUUUGUGAUGGUGGUCGAAUUGUUUGCGUUGGUGUUCCCAAAGGUCUCAACAUGUUGCAGGUUCCGCUGCACUGCAUCGUUGAGCGCAAUUUACUCGUGACGGGAACCUUGAUGGGAGGACAUGGGGAAGCAUUGGAGGUAAUGGAGUAUAUUAGGACAGGUGUUGUCAGGCCUCAUAUCACUAAAGUGGAUUUGGAAGACAUCCCAUACCAGAUGCAGAAGCUGGUGGACUGUAAAACAGUGGGGAAGGUUGUGGCAUGUAUUUCUGAUUCUGCUUUUGAGAUUACGGAAUCAUCUUGA